CCCUUAGCCAGGUCGGGUAUUUAAAACGAUAUAAAAGACGGAUGUUUCAUAGAUUUAGUUACAUUAAUAACUUCCUGAUUCAACACGUUAUACAGAAAUCAUGGGGUAUGUUAUUGUUCUUUUAGCCGUCUGUGUGGCUGUGGGUAUGGUAGAACCGCAUGGAUACCUGAAAGACCCGCCCGCCAGGGGAUCCAUGUGGAUCCUGGGAUGGGAUACACCAAAAAACUACAACCACAUGCAAAUGUUCUGUGGCGGAAAACAGCACCAGUAUGAAACCAAUGGAGGAAAAUGUGGCGUAUGUGGGGAUCCAUAUGAUGCCCCCAAACCACGUGAUAAUGAUGGGGGCGGAGCAUAUUCUACCGGAAUCAUCUCCAAAUGUUACGAACAAACAUCAGUCAUCGAGGUGAAAGUUGAAAUAACAGCCAAUCAUCUUGGUUACUUUGAGUUCCGAUUAUGUGAACACAAUGACCCGUUCACCCCAGCGACACAAGAAUGUCUAGACGAGCACGUUUUGACAUUAUACAAUGGAAUGGGAACUCGAUACAACAUAACUUCAGAAAUUGGAGAGUACACGGUAGAGUUGAUACUGCCGGAAGACGUUCAAUGUUCCCAGUGUGUUCUCCAGUGGAAAUACAAUACCGGCAAUUCUUGGGGAUGUGAUGGAGGAGUCUGCGAUCUCGGCUAUGGAAAACAAGAACAGUUUUAUGGUUGUUCAGACGUUUCUGUUUUAGAAAGCUGUGAGAAUUUCGAUCAUUACCAAUAUCUGAAUGGCGACGUUACGGAGCCAUCCACCACCACUAAAUCUACCACCACAACGUUUACCAAUUCAACACCGAUGGUUACCACAACUUCAACUGCUGAAAAAACAACCUUAACCACAGCACCGUCUAAAACCUCCACACAGACAACAACUGAAUCAUCGACAACGAAAACAAAGCCUUCCACCACCACUAAAUCCACAACAUCUACCACCACGUUCAUACAUUCAACACCGAUAGUUACCACAACUUCUGCAACUGAUGAAAAAACAACCUCAACCACAACCCCAUCUAAAACCUCCACACAGACAACAACUGAAUCGUCGACAACGAAAACAAAGCCUUCUACCACCACUAAAUCUACCACCACAACGUCCAUACAUUCAACACCUAUAGUUACCGUAACUUCUGCAACUGAUGAAAAAACAACCUCAACCACAACCCCAUCUAAAACCUCCACACAGACGACAACUGAUUCGUCGACAACGAAAAGAAAGACAACCACUGUCUAUGGAGAAUGUUAUCCUAAACCCGAAUUUGAAGAUCAAAAUGGAGAUUUGGGUGAAAUAUGUCAGCUCGUUUGUUCUAAAGGGCUGUGUCUCUCGUAUUACUGUAGAUGUAAUCUACAACAAUCAACCACAAAGUCAACAUUGAUGACCAUAAUUUCAUCUUCACAAUCAUCGACUUCGUCCUCGACAACGCCUUCGUCACACACAUGUGAAGAUGUAGAAGUGGCGGAAACAUACAAGGGCGUGUCUGGUAUGUUACAAUGGUGUGUACAGCAAUGUUUGAUAGACCAGUGUCCUCAGUCGCAUUGUAUAUGUUAAGCGAAGAACACGUGGACAACUUCAGGGAGUUUAGCGAAACACAAAAUUUUAUUUUGUUAGGGAUUGUCUCAAAAUACUUGUCACAUAUUGAUUUGUCUCUCCAGUUAAACAUUGUUACUAGUAAAUGUCGAGAAUCGUGAAAUAUUCUGGUCAUUUCGUUAAAUAGUAUAACUGUGAUAUUACAUAUAGACAAAAAAGUAUCUUCAGCAAAUGUGUAAAUACGUAUGAAGAAAGUCACCCUGUCACAACUGAUAUGUACAUCACAUUCUAGUAAUUGCAUGUAUGUAUAUACAUGUAAAUAAUUUUAUAAAUCGUAUCGAUUCAUCAUAUUACAAGUGUGCUUUAUAAAUUGGUAAGUUUAUUGUCAUUACUAUUUCUUAUCCUUGUUAUAUAUUUAUUAUGAACUUUUUACAUUCAGUAAAACUUGAAUUACA